AUGCUAGAUCCAGUCAUUGAUACCGAUGGCAACAGUUAUGAAAAAAAAGGAAUUGAAGAUUGGAAUCGUCGAAAUGGAACAUCACCAAUAACUCAUACUCCUCUUUCUAUCAAUGAUCUUCAUCCAAAUCAAGCUCUUAAAAUAUCUAUUGAUGAAUAUCAUCAUUCACUUCAACCAAAUGUUAAAUCAAAUCUUAUUCUAACAAAACAACAUUCAUCUGAAAUAAAAGUAUCUACAAGUCAUACAAAUGAUCUUGUUCAUAUAUCAAUUCAACCUCCACAAUAUGAAAGUCGUUCUUCAUGUGAUAUAUGUUGUGUAGUCGAUACUUCAGGUUCAAUGAAAGCAGCGGCUGAAAUUCAAAAUGAUAGAAAUGAGCGUUACGGUUUAUCACAGUUAGAUUUGGUUAAACAUGCCUUAAAGACAAUCAUUAAUUCUCUUCAAAGUCAAGAUCGAUUAUCAAUUGUAUCAUUCUCCGAUAAUGCUAAUAUCUUAUUUCAAUUAACAAAAAUGGAUGAUCAAGGAAAAACAAAUGCAUUGACUGCAAUCGAAAACUUAUCGAGCUAUGGUUCAACAAACUUAUGGAAUGGUCUUCAAACUGGUCUUGAAAUUCUAUCAAAAGAGCAACAUUCUAUUGGAAAUAUUUCAUCUUUGUUUCUUCUCACUGAUGGUUGUCCUACUGUAGAACCACGAGGUGGUCAUUUAAAAUCAUUAAGAAAAUUUAAGACAGAAAUUAAUUUUACAUGUCCCAUUAAUACUUUUGGUUUUGGAUACAACUUGAAUAGCAAACUUCUUGAAGAUAUUUCUAUAUUAGGAAAUUGUGGCUCAUAUGCAUUUAUUCCUGAUGGAUCAUUUGUAGGAACAAUCUUUGUCAAUGCUAUUUCGACACUGUUAACUACAGUAGCAACCAAUGUAUAG